AUGGGAGUCACAGACAGACAAGCCUUUGCGAAUGCAUAUGUAGCAGGUCUUAAAGAAGCCCUCGAGCUGAGUGGUAACCAGUACAAUGUUCUCCUCUCGAUGGCAUCAGCAGGCAUGCUUGUCGGCCAAAUACCCAGUAGCAUAAUCAUCCACAAGAUCCGCCCUCGAAUAUGGAUGUCUUCUAUGGUCGUCGUAUGGGCAGGCCUCACUAUGGCCAGUGCAGCUUGCAAGACAUAUGCUCAACUCUGCGCCGUUCGCUUCCUGAUGGGUCUCGCUGAAGCAAGUACUUAUGCUGGCUCAAUUUACAUCAUGGGAUCUUGGUAUAAAUCCAACGAAAUCGCCAAGCGAACUGCCAUGUUCACUGUCGCAGGUCAAGUCGGCAAAAUGUUCGCCGGAGCUAUGAUGGCUGCCAUUCACGAGUCAAUGGAAGGCCAUGCCGGGCUCGAGGGCUGGCAGUGGGUGUUUUUGAUAGACGGCAUCAUCACUUUGCCUGUUGCUAUCUUCGGCUUCUUCUUCUUUCCGGAUGUACCUGAGUACACGGACGCUUCGUAUCUGAGUGAUAAGGAACGACAGCUUGCGCUUGAUCGACUACCGCCGAAAAAGGAAGAUGGUCAUGAUAUACAGGCGUGGAGUCUUGUGAAGAGGGUCAUGGGGCAUCCUUUGCUUUAUGUCUGCUGCGUCUUCUCGGUCCUCGGUUCCGCACUUCAGUCCUACGUCGUGCAGGGGCUCAUGCUUUUGUACCUCAAGUUCCGCAAGGACAUUGAUGGUUUCACCCAGUCUGAAGUCAACACGCUCCCCAUCCCAACUCACGCCGUCGGCAUCGUUGCUGAGCUUUCUGUCUCAUUCUUCAUGGAUCGUUAUAACCGGAGGAUGUCGCUUGGCUUUCUGCUUUGCUCGAUCCAGAUAAUUUGCAGCAUCGUACUGCUGGUUCCAGGAAUGUCAGUUGCAGGCAAUCUCACAGCACUUUACCUCUCAGCCUCAGCUUACGGCAUCAAUCCCCUGUUGUAUGGCUGGUCAAGCAACAUCCUGGCUCGGACAGCGGAUGAUGCUGCUCGAAGUGUGACAUUGGCUUCAAUGGCAACAAGUGAUGGGUUACUGUGGACGUUCUGGGGUAUCGUCAUGUUCCCGGCUGAUCAUGCACCUUACUGGCGCAAUGGGUACAUCGGGAUGCUGUGUGUGAGUGCUGCAAUGAUUGGCUGGCUAUUUGUUGUUCGCUGGGUAAGUUUGUCCCCAUUACUAUCAUGCGUGGUCUGA